AUGGUGGAUGAUCCAAGCAAGCGCAAGUCCCUCAAUGGGACCCAUAUGCAGCGGCAUUACCUGCAUCAGCACCCUCAGAUGGGCCCGCAAGCUUCAGCUCACGGGUACACCGAUAUGAACGAUUCACGGAUGAUGGCGAGGCCGCGGAUGAGCGAGUCACGCGAGUACGCGGACGGCAGCACCGUAUGGCACCAGCAAAGCCAGCACCAUCUUGCUAGCAUGCCCUAUGGCGCUCCCGUGAUGUCCCCCUUGUACUCGGACGAACGAACUGCUUUGUCCGGUGAUUACCAGUCUCAAAGUACUUACCCAUCGAGCUAUGAGGAGCAGGCGAGAGCGCCUUCGGAUGCGCAAUCAUGGCAGGCAACGGAACGAGCGUCCGUUCGUAUUGCCGCACAGAGCACUGUUCCAGAGUCGUCGAACGACUCCCAUGGCAUGCGGUAUACGUCUUCCUCGACAACAGCUUACUAUUCCAACCUAUACACUACCCAGCCGCCCUAUCCACAAAUGCAGGAACCUGUGCCUGUUUCCGCGCCGCCCCAGCGGCUCUCCUCCGAGCCUCCUAGGACUUCUGGGGCUCCCUCCACAUCUACCAAACGGCAACAGCCUGACAGCGAGGCUGAGCCAGCGCCCAAGGCAAAACGACCCAAAGCCAAAGUCAAAUCGACAGCCACGGGAACGGGAGCAACGUCCAGUACAGCAGGGACCUCGAAGCGUGGCUACAACGCCAAGAAGCGCAGUGAAGCCGCUUUGAUAUCUGCUCAGAACGCGUCAGCUCUUCAGAGAGCUGGAACUGUAGCAUAUAACGCAGCUAGUGGCCCAGGCGAUGCUGAUCCCCUUCCGCCCCUCAUCCCGGAGCUCCAGUUCGCCCGUUGUAUGUCGAACCGGUAUCGCAAAGAGGAAUUCCCUCGAUGCGUAUCGUGCACCCGCCGAUGGGCAGGGGACACUUGUCGUUUCCAAGGAAUUCGAUAUCUUAUGCGGGAUGCUGACAGGAAUUUACGGGGUCUUAGUUUUAACGAACGUAACGCCUUGAUGCCGACGGAGGGUACGAAGAUGGAGUAUCCGACGAAGUGGAAUCGAGAGUUUGAGAGGAGUCACGUACGGCGGACGAAGUUGGCGAUCGCUAAAGCGCUUCUGCCUAUCUUGAAGGCCGAAUUCGACCAUCUGAAUGUCCCAGAAAUCGUUCGAAGACCACGGGAGACCGAUGUUCGAGCGACGUGUGAUACGUGUAUAACCUCCAUCUUUUCUACCUCCUUCAUGUGCCGACUUUGUGGACGCGAAGUGUGCAACGAGUGUUACCAGCAGGUUCGCGAGUUGACCGAGCAACCACACAACGCCACUCCGGCCGAGCUCGCUGCGCUUGCCAAUCGACGAGAAAGGCAUGCGCACGCAAAUCCCUUCUUCCUAAGUUGCACGAAGAGAAAUGAGCACGGGGUCGUUGAGUUCACCCCUGUUACGAGGUUCGUCAGGUCAGAACUGGAAAAAGCGAUCAAGAACAUGGAGAAGAUCCUCCAGUCGGAGAAGGCGGAUGAUACCCCUGCGUCUGUCGCCGCGGGGACCACCCCCUUGAUGUAUUCACAACUCCUCAGCCAUCCCUCAAUGCCCUUCCCCGACCCUCUUAUCACGCCAGUAUUUGACGAUUUCAUUGUCUCAAACCUCACCGACGCCAACAAACGUGUACCCACCCUUCAAGCCCAGGUCAUCUCAGCUGCCAUGUUCGAUCCACGCCCACCGAAUAGCUCAUCUACGACCCCAGCUACUUCCUUUGCCUCUUUAUGGCAGCAAGGCAAGCCAUUACUCGUCAAGGACUGCCAGUCAAGGUUCAAACUACGAUGGGAUCCUGAGUACUUCAUCCAGAAGUACGGCGAUCAAGGAUGCUUGAUCGUCGAAUGCCAGACGGACGUGAACAGGCGGGUGACUAUCCGCGAUUUCUUCAGCGACUUUGGAAAGUACGAGGGUCGCACGGAGUGCUGGAAGUUGAAGGAUUGGCCGCCAACUGCCGAGUUUAAGACCGCAUUUCCGGAGCUGUACGAAGAUUUUAGCAAUGCUGUUCCUGUGCCAGACUAUGUUAGACGCGAUGGGGUGGAGAACCUCGGUUCACACUUCCCGACUAAUGCUGUAGGGCCAGACCUCGGACCUAAGAUGUACAACGCGAUGGCGUCUACGCAAGAACCUGGCACCAAGGGAUCUACGCGGCUGCAUAUGGAUAUGGCCGAUGCGCUCAACGUUAUGCUCUACGCGACUCCUUGCGAGGACGGCACCCCUGGCUACGCCGCGUGGGAUCUCUUCAAGGCGGAAGAUAGCGAUAAGAUUCGGGCAUAUUUAAGGAAGAAGUUUGGACCUGGGGGUGCUGGGGCGAAGACGGGGGAUAAGGCGUCCGCCGCAGCACAAGCGCAGCUUAUGACUCACGACCCCAUUCACGGUCAGCAAUUCUACCUGGACGCCGAGAUGCGAAUGGAACUGGCGCAGGCCUGUGAUGUUCGGGCCAUCAGAAUUUACCAAAGGCCAGGCGACGGUAUUUUUAUCCCCGCUGGUUGUGCCCAUCAGGUCGCGAAUAUGUCCGACUGCAUGAAGAUCGCCAUCGAUUUUGUCAGCCCGGAGAACAUUGACCGCUGCGAGAAGCUGACGAAGGAGUUCAGGGAGCAGAACCAGAGCAAGGUCUGGAAGGAGGACGUCCUCCAGCUGAGAACGAUGAUGUGGUUCGCAUGGCAGUCGUGCUGCAGCAAGGAGGCUGAGAUGGAUAACGAUGACUCUGCACUUGGCGGCAGUGCUGGGUCGAGCGUUGCAGCCGCGAGGAAUGGUGUCCGUGUGAUCGAAGGUCCUGCUUCGUCGAGCUGA